CGCCGUCAGGACAGCAGCAUGGGCCGAGGGUGUGGUGCUGAGCAUGGAGGGAAGAAGAAGAAGAAGAAGGAGAGGGACCUGGACGAGCUGAAGAAGGAGGUGUCCUUGGACGACCACAAGAUAACUCUGGAUGAUCUAUCGAAGCGCUACGGAGUAGACCUCCGGCGGGGCCUGACCAAUGCCAGGGCUCUGGAGGUGCUGGCCCGCGAUGGGCCCAACGCGCUGACUCCGCCCCCCACCACGCCGGAGUGGGUCAAGUUCUGCCGCCAGCUGUUCGGAGGCUUCUCCGUGCUGCUGUGGGUCGGCGCCGUGCUCUGCUUCCUGGCCUACGCCAUCCAGAUGGCCACGGAGGACGAGGCGCCCAACGACAACCUGUACCUGGGCGUGGUGCUGUCGGCCGUGGUCAUCAUCACCGGAUGCUUCUCCUACUUCCAGGAGGCCAAGAGCUCCAGGAUCAUGGAGUCCUUCAAGAAGAUGGUGCCGCAGCAAGCGCUGGUGAUCCGGGAGGGCGAGAAGAUGCAGAUCAACGCCGAGCUGGUGGUGGCGGGAGACCUGGUGGAGAUCAAAGGGGGAGACCGGAUCCCCGCAGACCUCCGGGUGGUCUCCGCCAGCGGGUGCAAGGUGGACAACUCGUCCCUGACGGGGGAGUCGGAGCCUCAGACUCGCUCCCCGGAGUUCACCAGCGACAACCCUCUGGAAACCCGGAACAUCUGCUUCUACUCCACCAACUGUGUGGAGGGUACGGCCAACGGCGUUGUGAUCGGCACCGGCGACCGGACGGUGAUGGGUCGCAUCGCCACGCUGACGUCGGAGCUCGAAGUCCGCCGCACGCCCAUCAACAUCGAGAUCGAGCACUUCAUCCACCUCAUCACGGGCGUGGCCGUCUUCCUGGGCGUGAGCUUCUUCAUCCUCGCCGUCAUCCUGGGCUACAGCUGGCUGGAGGCCGUCAUCUUCCUCAUCGGCAUCAUCGUGGCCAACGUGCCCGAGGGCCUGCUGGCCACUGUCACCGUGUGUCUGACUCUCACCGCCAAGCGCAUGGCCAAGAAGAACUGCCUGGUGAAGAACCUGGAGGCCGUGGAGACGCUGGGCUCCACCUCCACCAUCUGCUCCGACAAGACGGGCACGCUGACCCAGAACCGCAUGACCGUGGCCCACAUGUGGUUCGACAACCAGAUCCACGAGGCGGACACCACCGAGGACCAGACGGGUCUGGGCUUCGACAAGAGCUCCGCCACCUGGACCGCUCUGUCUCACGUCGCCGGCCUCUGCAACCGAGCCGACUUCAAGGCCGGCCAGCAGGGCUUCCCCAUCCUGAUGAGGGAGACGGCGGGCGACGCCUCUGAGUCGGCCCUGUUGAAGUGCGUGGAGCUGACCUGUGGGAGCGUCCGUGAGAUGAGGAGCAGAAACCCCAAAGUCACGGAGAUCCCCUUCAACUCCACCAACAAGUACCAGCUCUCCGUCCACGAGGCGGAGGACAAUCCUUCCGCUCACGUUCUGGUGAUGAAGGGAGCGCCGGAGAGGAUCCUGGACAGGUGCAGCAGCAUCAUGAUCCAGGGCCAGGAGCAGGCGAUGGACGCCAGCUGGAAGGAGGCGUUCCAGACGGCCUACAUGGAGCUGGGAGGACUGGGAGAGAGAGUGCUGGGCUUCUGCCACCUCAGCCUGCCGCCCGCCCAGUUCCCGCGAGGUUUCCCCUUCGACAGCGACGAGACCAACUUCCCCACGGAGCAGCUGUGCUUCCUGGGCCUCAUCUCCAUGAUCGACCCGCCGCGCGCCGCCGUGCCCGACGCCGUGGGCAAGUGCCGCUCCGCCGGCAUCAAGGUGAUCAUGGUGACGGGCGACCACCCCAUCACGGCCAAGGCCAUCGCCAAAAGCGUGGGCAUCAUCUCCGAGGGCACGGAGACGGUGGAGGACAUCGCCGAGCGGCUCAACGUCCCGCUGAGCCAGGUCGACCCCAGGGAUGCCAAGGCGUGCGUGGUGCACGGCUCUGACCUGAAGGACAUGAACCCCGAGGACCUGGACGACCUCCUGAGGAACCACACGGAGAUCGUGUUCGCACGAACGUCACCGCAGCAGAAGCUCAUCAUCGUGGAGGGCUGCCAGAGACAGGGGGCGAUCGUGGCGGUGACGGGCGACGGCGUCAACGACUCGCCGGCUCUAAAGAAGGCCGACAUCGGCGUUGCCAUGGGGAUCUCCGGCUCCGACGUGUCCAAGCAGGCGGCCGACAUGAUCCUGCUGGACGACAACUUCGCCUCCAUCGUCACCGGGGUGGAGGAGGGGCGUCUCAUCUUCGACAACCUGAAGAAGUCCAUCGCCUACACGCUGACCAGCAACAUCCCGGAGAUCUCGCCCUUCCUCCUCUUCAUCUGCCUCAGUGUUCCUCUUCCUCUGGGAACCGUCACCAUCCUCUGCAUCGACCUGGGCACCGACAUGGUUCCAGCCAUCUCAUUGGCUUACGAGACGGCGGAGAGCGACAUCAUGAAACGCCAACCGAGGAACCCGCAGACGGACAAGCUGGUCAACGAGCGCCUCAUCAGCAUGGCGUACGGACAGAUAGGGAUGAUCCAGGCCCUCGCCGGGUUCUUCACCUACUUCGUGAUCCUGGCUGAGAACGGCUUCCUGCCGAGGGACCUGCUGGGGAUCCGGGUCCGGUGGGACAGCCGCGACAUCAACGACGUGGAGGACAGCUACGGGCAGCAGUGGACGUACGAGCAGAGGAAGAUCAUCGAGUUCACCUGCCACACCUCCUUCUUCAUCAGCGUGGUGGUGGUGCAGUGGGCCGACCUCGUCAUCUGCAAGACCCGCAGGAACUCCCUCUUCCAACAGGGCAUGAAGAACCGGAUCCUGAUCUUCGGGCUGUUCGUGGAGACCGGCCUGGCCGCCUUCCUGUCCUACUGCCCCGGGAUGGACGUGGCGCUCCGCAUGUACCCCCUGAAGCCCAUGUGGUGGUUCUGUGCCUUCCCGUACAGCCUCCUCAUCUUCGUUUACGACGAGAUCCGUAAAUUGAUUCUGAGGAGGAACCCAGGAGGUGAGAGAAGAGAUUAAAACACUUAUUCUUCUUCUUCUCCUUCUUCUUCUUCUUCUUCUUCUACUCCUUCUUC